UUGCUAAUAAUUAUUGUAUUCACAUCCCGGAUAGCAGUGAGAAAGUUACUUGAAAUUUGAGUCCUGACAUUUUGAAAUUGUAUUUUUCGAAAUGAGGUCAAUCCUGUUCGUAAUUUUGAUUGUUAAGUUAACAGUAGAAGCUAAAGAUGGCAACUGUGGAGUUAUCCCCAUCACCGAAUGGGGCGGUUCUCCCCUCCUCCGAGAAGAAACCCUGGCGAACCCAGUGGACAUCGUGGUGAUACAGCAUACUGUCGUACCCGAAUGUAUGAGUGAUGAAGACUGUGAGAAGGCAGCCAAUGGCAUCAGGAGUUACCAUAUUAAUACGCGUGGAUUUACUGAUAUUGGACAAUCGUUUCUAAUUGGUGGUAAUGGGAGGGUGUAUGAAGGAGCUGGUUGGCAUCAUGUUGGCGCACAUACUUUGGGGUAUAAUAGAAGAGCUGUUGGUAUAUCGUUCAUUGGAGACUUUAGAACAAAAAUACCAUCACCUCUCGCCCUAAAAGCCCUUAGAAGCCUGCUAGCCUGUGGAGUCCAGAACAAAUACUUGGCUGAAGACUAUUACCUAGUAGGCCAUAGGCAGCUAUCCCAAACCGACAGUCCUGGAGAGAUGCUGCAAAAACACGUGGAAAUGUGGCCUCAUUGGUUGGAUCAUGCUAAAGAGGUCUUGAACUAAGGAGAAUAAGAUCCAGACAUCAUCUACGCGGAACGGAGAGAAGCUUUAGUUUAACAUAAUGACUCAAAAGUGGAGCGGAGCGGAGUCUUUAAACAACCAAUGGAAUUUCUCCGUUCAGAGAUGCUAUUGGGUGGGCGGAGAUGAGAAGUUUGAAUAGCAAAAUUCUAUUGGUUGUUUUAAAAAAAAUCCGUUCCGCUGCACUUUAGUGGGGUCAGAAUAGAAUGUUCUAUAAACAUGAAACGAUUCGUUUUGCUUAGGCGGUAACUGUUAACGAAUACCUUAAAAACACACUGUUACGUUCGUACGUCGUUCUUUAUAAUCUACCUAUUGUUUAGCUCACUUAAGAUGAGGGGAUAAUGUAAACAUUCUUGAUAAAUAAAGCUUGUGUCAUGAAACUGCCAUCCGCAAGUAAAACGCAUCGUUUCUUUAUAGGUAUAGAAAAUUAAGCUCAGCUUUCGUAUUUAAUGAUUUGACCUUUGAUCAGACUGCAUUUUUUUCGUGUCUUUCUGUAACUGUACCUACUUACAAAAAUUUGUUUACUAGUGUAUUGGAAGUUUCCACUUCUAUGACGGUAUUUUUGCACGUGUCUGCAGUCUGAAGGUCAACUAUUUGGUGUGCUCAUUAAAGGUUAAAAGUCCAAAGAUCUAAUUAAUUGGAGUUUGUAGCGAAAUUCAAGUUUUUUUUCUUUCUGUUGUAUUGGAUACCCUCCUUUAUUUAUUAUUUGCUUAUGUAUUUUUCCGCCAUUCUAUUAUUAGAUACGUUUGCGGUUUUGAUAGUUAUUCAUUUUAAUUAUGUUUAGUACAAAAAUAGAAAUCGGAAGAGGUUGGUGCUCUAUAAUUUAUCAAUACUUUUUGCACGCCACUCUGUUAAUAAAUAAGUAAGUUAGAACGUACGAAGUAAUCUUGUGGAAGUUCUAUCAGUUUCGUGAUCAGAAAGUUAUAAAUAAUUACUGUUAUCUUAUUACUAAUUUUAUAAGCUGAAGAGUCUGCUUUGAGUUUUGAGGAAUUACUAGGUUGAUUUAAAAAAAUAUUUCUGUGUUGAAUAAUACAUUAAUCGAGGGAGGCUAUAGGCUACUUUUUAUCAAUUAAUGCUUUGUUUCUAUGCAUAAGUUUUAAUAUAAUACACAGAUGACGUCACUAGCUAAAUUAAGAUAAUAUUCAAUAUGAAGCACUCCAGAGUAAUUUAGAUUAUGAAGUUUGUACAUAAAGUAUUAGUUAUUUUUGUAUCGCGAGAUCUAUUAAUCUUUGCUAAUUAAGUUAGUUUUGAAUUAUUGUUUUAGUAAAGCUGUUAAGUUUGUAAUUUGUUUAAGUUAUUUCAGAAGCUGGUAGAAGUAUUAAGAUUAAGUAAGGAUAAUUUAUACUUAAAUAAAUAUAAAUAUUAUUAAAA